CCAGCUACCAUCUCUCGUAUGGGAAUAAUAAAUUUAAAUACAGAUGAUCUACCUUAUCAGUUGGUGGUUGACGCAUGGCUAGCGAAACAAUCGGACGCGGAGAUACUGAAGUCUCUCCUAGAGCAACACUACUACAGAGCAAUUGAGUGGAUCGAGGAACAAAAGCUUCGACCGUUCGGCUACUCUCUCAUAAGUUUAGCCGAAUCAGGUCUGCUUGCUAUUGAACAGGCCAAGUCUACGGAUCAGUUCUGCAUCGAUCUGCUGUGUGGACUCAAUGGAGUUCUGAGUGCAGAUGGAAAAAACAAACUGUCAAACCAAGUAUUCUCCAUGGCUGACAUAAUGAUAACUGACAGUUCUGUAGCGGAGUAUCACUACUACAACAGCUUUAGGGAUAUGGUAGAGCUGUACAGCACCGACGAGAUUACCGGAUCUUUUAUCAACGAAAAUGUGUUCACGAAUGUUCUGGUCAAAACUCCACUGAUGAAGUUAUGCGGCGAACUGCUGAAACAAAGCAUCAACUCCGAAAACCGUCGCAUAACUUUGCUUGUUGGUCCUAGUGGCAAUGGCAAAAGUUUGCUUUUGCAAACCAUUGUCAGUGAAUUCAACGGCUACCAACUAGUCACAAUUAGCUGUAGUUCUCAGUUGACCACAUCCAGCAUCCUGAAUACUCUGAAGCAGAAUUCGCUUGUUCUUACCACCGUCAAAGGUAAAGAGUAUCGUCCGAAGUUCUCCAGAGUUGUACUGUAUUUCAAAAACAUUGACCUCUGUUCCGUUGAUCGAUGGGGAACGUGUGAAGUUGUCGAGCUCCUGCUACAAAUCAUAAACCGCACCGGAUUCUAUUCGGAAACUCUCGAGUGGAUAAGUGUCUCCGGAGUACUCAUCUGCGCUUCGGUUUCCAAUCUUCGCAAAACACAUAUUUCUCCCAGAUUUCUGUCAAUCUGCACUCUUGUGCAGAUCGGGUAUCCGAGCAACUUGGGCAUGGAGAGUAUCGUUAAAAGUAUGAUUCUACCGCUGUACAACCAACUCGGACAGAGUGCCGUGAAGCUUAAAUUAAACGACCUGGUUCGAGCUGUUAUGAACGUUUAUUUUGAAACGCAAGCACGUUUCAACCGUGGAGAAGUUUUACACUACCGGUUCACGCCAAAGAUGAUCGAGAGAUGGAUUAGUGGAGUUCUGUAUUACCCGGCCGAACAUUUCAGCCAGGCGAUGAGAUACGAGUCUAACCGAAUUUUUCGGGACCGUCUGCUAACCAACGAUGAUCGUCAGAUGUUUGACGAGAUUCUCCGAGAUAACCUCCGAGUGCUCCCAAAUGUUGAGGGUCGUGUUGUUUUUGGUCCCAAAGAAGGACAACAUAAAUCUGAAUUACAACUGAUGGAUGUCGAUAGCUGGAAAGGGUCUGUGAACCAGACUAUUUCAAUGUGUAAUGCUGAAGUUAUCUCUGUGGACAUCCCAUUCUCGGAAGAAUUUAUCGAUAUCGUGUCCUCCAUCGUCCGUGUUCUAUCCAGACCACAAUCAAACUUGGUUAUGUGCGGCCGAACUGGAUCAUGUCGUCUGGAAGCUCUAUAUGUAGCAGCCACCAUGCUGAACGUGAAGGUUGUUUUCCCACAAACAUCCAAAAACUAUUCGAUCAACGAGUUCAACAACGACCUAAAGAUUGCCAUGCAAAACUGUGCUUUAGAAAACGAACCGGCGGUGUUCUACAUUGACCAUUCACUGAUAGAGUACCAGGCUGACAUUAUGAAAACAUGCGAAGCUAUCUUGGAGAGUGCUGAAUUGGUGGAUUUCUUCGGAGACGACUUGGAAAACCUGGCUAAUCCUCUGAAGGCACAAGCAGCCUUGGAGUCGUUCCAAAUGUCUCUUUCUGCGUACUUUCUGCAUCGUUUGAAGAAUAAUUUUCAUCUGGUUCUACUGCUAGAGAACUCUUCUCCCAAAACGCGAGAUUUGUUCGAAAGCUACCCAGCCAUCUACCAAAAAUCUGAGAUGAUCUGGAUUCUACAAGACAAAAUAACUCCCGCCGAUAGUCUAAUUAAAUAUCUAGCAAGUAUCAGUAAACAUCAAGUUCCCCUACCCACUUUCUUUAACGAUAUCCUCGCUGAAAACCUUAGCGAAUGGUCCCGUUCACCGAAGCGUCGAAUACAGCUGAUCCAGACCUACUGGCACGUAUAUCAGAAGCAAAAAUCGGAGAAAGAACGCUACAAAUCUCAGAUCCAGAUCGGCGUAGACAAACUGUCGGAAACUCACAAAAUCGUGGAGAACCUGAAGCUAGAAGCACAAGAGAAACAGAAAGCGCUAGCCGAGAAACGAAAACUCGCCAACAAAUCCCUGGAAAUGAUAUCAACCACGAUGCGCAGCGCAAACGAUCAAAAAACGGAACUGCUCCAGUUACAACGUGAAACGAAGGAGAGUAGCGUAAAACUGAUCGAACGGAAGAAAGCAAUCGAAGAGGAACUCAGUCUAGUUGAACCAAUACUUCGCGAAGCUACCGCCGCUGUUGGUCAGAUAAAAACCGAAGCCCUGUCGGAGAUUCGAUCACUGCGAGCUCCACCGGAAACAGUUCGCGAUAUCCUGGAAGGUGUCCUGCGGUUGAUGGGUAUCCGAGAUACUUCGUGGAAUAGUAUGAAGACCUUCCUAGCCAAACGAGGCGUCAAGGAGGAUAUCCGUUCGCUUGAUCCAGCUAGAAUCAGUCCAGAGAAUUGUCAAGCUGUCGAGAAACUUUUGCAGACCAAAGCCGAUUCGUAUGAACAGAAGAAUGCUAAGAGAGCCUCCGCUGCCGCUGCUCCACUGGCAGCGUGGGUUAUAGCCAAUGUGAAAUAUUCGAAGGUAGUACAAAGCAUUAAACCGCUGGAGCGCGAGCAGAAUGAACUUCGCGAAAACCUCGAGAAGGCAGAAACGGAAAUGAACUCUUUGUCCAGCGGUUUAGAUAAUGUUAACGAUACGGUCAAAGGACUUUCCGAACAAUUGAACGUCCACACUCAAGAAGCCGCUAUGCUAGAAAUAAAACUCGAAGAAGCAAAACAAACUUUGCACGCAGCGGAAGUACUAGUUCAAAACUUGAGCACUGAAUUCUUAAGCUGGAGUAAGGAGCUUGAAGAACUAAACCAUACGAUCGCUCACAUAGAUAAACGAAGCUUCAUGACAGCUUUCUGUAUAACUCAUGUCUCUCAUUUGACACUGGAAGAACGGAAAGAUACGUUACUAGCUGCGUCAAAGCUGACUAAAGAACAACAAUUCAAUCUGGAGGAUCUGGUGUCCAACCAAGACAAGAUCAUUUGGGAAACUAUGGGAUUAAGUGCUGAUCAACAGUACCGCGAGAAUGCCACCAUUUUGAAUCAAUUUCUGAUGCUACCAUACGGAACCACCCCGGUUCCGCUUCUAGUAGAUCCCACCGAACUAGGCUUGAAAUGGCUCUGCAACUACUUGAACUAUCUAAACCACACUUUCGAACUGUCUAGUCAAUCCACCGAUCGAUUUGGGUACGUACUCGAGUUGGCGAUACGGUUCGGCAAAAUUUUGAUAGUUCGCAAUGUCAACGCUGUCGAGCCCCCGCUACUAUCUCUCUUCUUAUCCCGCAUCCACGUCAGAUUUAACAAACGAAUGGUACAAAUCAGCAACAAACUGAUCGAUCUUCAUGACGACUUCAAACUGAUCUUGGUAACCCAGAACGAACGACUCAAUCUGGGUUCCGAGCUGCAGGCGCACUUCAUGAACCUGAUGUUCACCACCACCACAGCAGGGUUAACCGAUGUGCUAACCUUCAACUGGGUACUAGCCAAAGAUCCGGAAAUCGAGAAGAAACGCGUGGAUUUGCUGCAGCAGGAAGGUCGACUGAUGAAGGAGAAACGUAGUCUGCAGGAUAAAUUGCUUCAGGAAUUAUCGUCUUCCAAAGGGGAUAUUUUGAAGAAUGAACCUUUGUUGAGUACGUUGAACAACAUCAAAGCUAGUGCGAGUCUAAUCGAGCAAUCGCUUAACGAAUUCGCUGCAAUCCGCGAUCAGCUAAUGGAACACUACAGUCGACGAAAGGAAUUCUGUAGCUUAGCGUCCAAAUUCUUCAUGGGUAUUAGACGUUUCUACAGUAUCAACGUAUCCAAGUUUACGGCCAUAUUCUUGAACGUGAUUGACAACGAAAAACAUUCAACGGCAGAGGAAAUGUACAAAAUGUUGGUUAAAAGGAUAUUUUCUCUACUGAGUCGUAGUAUCCCGAAAGACGAACAGACAAUUUUGGGAUUAAACAUCUGCAAACAGGCAUUCCCCGAGCAGGUUCCCGAGAAGGAAUGGGAAUCAUUUGUUUUUAAUUUCGCGCACGCUGAACAGACAGCAGUUCAACAGCUGCCAUCGUGGAUCAAGCAAGAGAACGUCCCAAAAGUACAAGCCCUGAAGCAUCAACACCCGGAAUUAUUCUCAAAGCUAAACUUAGACAAUACCAGCGCAUGGCUAAAGUACGUUGAAUCCAACGACAUAUCUCCACCUGCGAGCAUGACUGACUUCCAAGCGAUCUUGAUUGCACUAGUCCUUAGACCGGAUCUACUCAUUCGAACCAUAGCCCGUUCGGUUCAAAACAUUAUGGGACUUAAAGCGCUCUAUACGGUACGACCUUCGAUCAAGCUGCUUGCCGAGGAAAGCUUCCCGGAUGAACCGCUUCUACUGAUCACCGCUUCCGGGAUUGAUCCAUCCGAAGAAAUUCGCGACCAUGCAAAGCAUACAAUUGGCCUAGCAAAAUACGCGGAGUUCGCGGUCAGUAAGGGAUACGAGCAGGAGGCACUGAAGCUGGUUAAAGAAGCGGCGAAUGCUGGCAGCUGGGUUUGCAUCAAAAACAUCCACACGGUUCCACAGUGGCUGCGCCAUUUAGACGAAACGAUGAAGUCGUUAAAUUUAGCGAAUGGAUUCAAGCUGUGGCUUACGUCGGAAACGGAUGGGUCUUUGCACAACGCGUUUAUUAACAAAUGUAACAAAGUUUUGUUCGAGCCCCCAGCCGGGUUGAAGUACAAGAUGAAACUGUUAUUGGAACAACACGCUGGUACGGUAACUAGGAAGCGGGACUACAAAUCGAUCAAGAUGUACAUUGGCCUGUUUAUGCUGCAUUCCGUCGUGCAAGAGCGUCGAUCGUAUAUUCCUCAAGUCAGCGAUUUAGUGAUCAUGUCCGACUCGGCCAGCUGUUUAUCGGCAAUCGAAGCCGGCACAUCCCACUACCCGUGGAUCCAGGAAAUUGAAAACCUGCUACGAAAUCGUCCACUCAAGGUCUGCUGGAUUCCCGGUCACGCUGGCAUCCAUGGUAACGAGGAGGCUUACAUUGCUCCAUUAG